AUGCGGCAGAAGGUGGAGUACUUCAGUCCCUACGAGGACAUCGAGUUUGGCAUCGUCGGCUGGGCAGCACCCCUGCGGCGGCGGCAGCGGCAGCAAGCCGUGGACCCAAACGCCGUGCCGCCGCCGCCGCAGGCAGCACCCCUGCGACGGCGGCGGCAGCAAGCCGUGGACCGAAACGCCGUGCCGCCGAGUCCCGUGGCUGUGGCCUGCAAGACGUCAGUCUGCUGGCGCUGUGCCGAGGACUAUAGGCGCUGCAACACCUGCGCUGACGGCUUCUUUCUGACCAAGACUGGCACCUGCGCUCGGUGCAAGCUCCCAGGUUGUGCACGCUGCGACGGCGACGUGACGAAAUGCACCGCCUGCGAGGCGUCCUACCGCCUGGUGAAGGGCAAGUGUGUUCCAUGCUCCGGCUGCCGCGAGAAUGAUGAACAGGGGCAGCCGCUGGGAUGCGAUGCAAAGACAGGCAUCUGCAAGGAGUGCGCCGACGGCUACUUCCGCAAUGCUAGGCAGGCGUGCGUCAAGGGCACCAUCCCCCACUGCAAGACGUAUGCAUCGCCCACAGCAUGCAAGGUGUAUGCUCCCGGCUCUCAAGGAUCAAUGUCAAGCCAGGGCUACGGCCUGACGAACAGGAAGCGGUGCCUGAAGUGCCGCCCCGGCUGCCUCGAGUGCGACACGAAUUCUGGGCCGUGCCGCUUUUGCAUGAUUGGCAGCGGCAAGAUAAAAGACGGCUCUUGCAAGCCAUGCGAGAAUGGCAACGCGUUUGCCCUCAGUAGCGGCGGCUGCGUUUCAUGCGAGGGCACCCCCAAGAACUGCACCUCAUGCUAUCCUGGACCCGGCGAUACGCCCAGGUACCAGCAGGACCCCGCUACCGGCGCCUGCAUCCACGUCAAUGUGUGA